AUGACGUGUCGGGAUGUCCAUCCCACAAAGGAGAGGAUAGCGCCUAGCCCAGCCCUUGUACAAUACUUAUCGCAUCUCGAAGAGAGCACCGCGAGGCCGGAAACUUUGGAGGCCCCGUAUGAAAAUGAGUCAAUAAACUGCAUGGUGCUCCGGGCCGCGUCCAACCAUGAAGAUCGUAGAGCUCUUGCGCGGCUUGCAGGAUCGGCUGAGGGUUGUGGUGGGGGCUGUCAAAUGGGGACUGAUCUCCUCCGGGAAAUGUUGAACUAUCCCGCGGUCCUUGCUACGGGGAGUGGCCAAAAGAGGGCUCGCCUUGGCAAGCCAAUGCUUGUUUUUGACAAGGUUGGAGUGGCCAUUGGUUUUGUUCCCACUGGAGAAGACCAAUAUACUUAUCAUCACUUGCGGACGGAUCUUUAUGGAAUGGCACUACGCAGCGGUGUUAAGAUGGACACGUGCUACAUUGCCUGCACAGCCCAUAUCACCCUGGAUCGCUUUGUGUCAACCACUACAUUCGACUCGGAUAGCGAUGAAGGUACGCAAAAACAUAUCGAAAACUGGAUCAGAACCAUCCAAUGCAUUAAUCAGGAGGUGAAGGACCGGUGCAACAGAUGA